CCUGACAGUGGGCCCCGGGCCACCAGGAUGCCGACAGACGACGACUAUGGCCGAAGAGAUCGUGUCCUAUUACACCAGCACCCGAUCGCACAAUACGGAUCCUCGUCAUCCCCGCUUCCUGGUUCGAGCACUCCGAGUUCCGGUGGCGUGGGAAUCCAGAUUGGUUCCAAUAACCUCAGUGACUGCUUUAAACAGCAAACGCAGCAGCAGCAACAAUCUGAUUUGCGUCCGAUUACGAGUCUCACGAACCAAUCAGACCAAGAGCGUCACCAGUUGGACCAACAGCAAAGCAGUGAGCAUGUCGGGGCCCGAAUGGCUGAUCGGCACGAGAAAUCGGUGGAGAAACCUACGAUCGACUUUUCUAAGUGCGCAGAGAGUCGUUCGAAUUGCGAGCGCUUUGGACUUUAUCAGGUUCAAAGCGGCGAACAUGUGGGAAGUCGGAUGGGAGGUGAGCGGCAUGAGAAGGCCGUGGAUAAGUCUUGUAGCGAUUAUUCGAAGUGUGGUCAACCGAAUUGCGAGCGUUUCGGACAUUAUCAGACUCAAAGCGGUGAGCAUAUGGGAAAUCGAAUGGGAGGUGAACGACAUGAGAAAUCAACCGACAAAUCGUCGGUCGAUUUCACCAAGUGCACUGCUGACGGUCGACAGCCAAGUUGCGAGCGUUUUGGAUAUUAUCAGACUUCGACAUUCUGUCAGUCUCCGUUACAAGAGCACUAUGGCGGCGGGCAUACCAGCGCCGAUCGUUUUGAGCAAUUCAAUGACCUCAACACGUUACACAGCGAACAGCGGGCCCCGAAUGAUCAUUACUCAAUCUGUAAUCCGGAGCUGCGUUUCGACACAGCGGGCACGAGCGGGUCUGGUGAGUACGCGAAUACGAAUGCACUCGUGGGCUCCUUUGCUUCGGAGACAUUCCCGUCGCCGCCAUCACCGGCACCGACAAAUGACCGUUUUGUUCCGCCACCACCAUUGUCACCCAGUCCGAGUGAAAAGUACGCUUCGAGCCAGAGUUUGGCUGGUUAUCCUUCCGUUAAUCAUAUUUUACCCCCCAAUUCUCCGGGGCCCAAGUACAGCGCAACAUCGUCGAUGCCUACCAAGGAACGUUUCGCCUCCGCCGAACGGCUGCUGGCUAAUCAGUCAGUCACAAACGAUGCUAAGGAUCAACAACGCUAUACUGGAUCAUCUGACCGAUUGCUUUCGGGAUCUUCCCCGGUUCUUGGAGGACUUCAAACGGGACUCCAAGGCAGUGCAGUCUACACCAAAGACACUCGCUAUACCGCCAUUUCCGCAGACAAGAUAUUAUCUUCCUCACCAAUACAUGCUCCAGUGCCCGAAAGAUUUAUUGGCAAAUCGGAAAGGUAUUUGGGCGAAUCGCCCAUUCACGAUAGAUAUCCUCGACAGGAUCCACCGACAACACAUCAUGAGCGUUAUUCGGCGAUGGCGGCGGUCACUGAGAGGUUCCUCUCAAAUUCGCCUAAUUCUGAAAGCGCGCAUCAGCGCUAUUCAUCGUCAGAUCGUUCAUCACUUCAAACUUCUUCCGGUAAUAUCGAGUCAAAUCGACGUCUCUGCACCGAUAGGGGAGUCGAGACGGUUUGUCAGAAGUAUACUGAUCGAUCUAUUGGUUCUCCUGCCUCCGCCGACUUCAGUCGAUAUUCUGGUUUUCCGGAAGUCGGCAAUCAGAUGCGAUAUAUGUCCAGCAAUGACCGUUUUAAUGACCUCGCUCUACAACGUUGUAGCCAAUCACGGUCGAUUGAUAGGUUUUCCAGUGAUCGAUAUUUGGCUGGAUCAUCACCUGCGCAUGACAGCAGGCUACCCUGUACUGAGACAUCGCGUUAUAUCGUCUCUUCUACCGAACGUUUGCUGGUGCCGACACCGUCCUCAUCAUCCUCCUCGUCAGAAACUGGUUCCAGAUAUCAUUCACCCUACACAACGACCACCGGCACUCAAUCAUCGGCUUCUAAUGAGCGCUUCUCAUCAGUCUCGCCGACAUCCGAAAUAUCGUCGAACAUCAAUCGUGGCGUCAGUAGCAGCAGCAGCUAUCAGAAUACAAAGAGCACUGUCGAUAAAUAUUUGGUCUCAAAGUCAGUUCAGAGUAGCUACGAUCGCUACUCAGUUGGCAAUCAGAACGAUCAUCAGUUCAAUCAAGAUCGAUAUUUCUCUACAGGCGGUAAUGGUGAUCGAUUUCAGACUACUUCAGGAGCUGAUCGCUUUCACACUUCUGCUGAUCGUUACUCGCCAGCACGCAGUGACAAGUAUUUGUCUUUGCCAAAAUCUAAAGAUAGGUUCGCUGGUCGAAUAACACCGAUCUCCUGUACCACUGCCGUGACAUCGUCCACUGAUCGUACUUACGGUUCGUCUAGUGUGAGUUACGUGCCUCCAACUGCGCACACACCAGUUGAACGAUAUGUGCCACAGCCGCCUCCCGAAGUGUUAUAUCCAGAUAGGUACGUGGAUAGGUAUGUGCCACCCACUGCGCACACACCGACCGAUCGAUAUGUGCCCGCAAAUGAUCCAGGUGAUCCAUAUAUGCGUCGUGAUCUUGGUUUUCAUCAUCAUUAUCGGCUACCGCCACCCGCCGGUUACCCGUAUCAAACACAUUUCCGAUUCCGCGGAUUUGCAUACGCGACAUCCGGUCGAUUAAGUGGAAGUCCUGGGUCCAGCAGUUCCAGUAGUACAGCAUCCAAUCAGCGCGAAAUGUUCGCUACAUCACCAUUAUUGAGACCUAAAGUACGUCCCUCUACGGUCGAAUUCGGUACCGCUGUAGGCGUCGCCGGCACUAUUGUUGGUGAUGCAAUAACUACUACAACAACUACUGGUGUUGGUGUCGGCGUUGGAGUUGGCAUCAGUCGUCAUGUAUGUGCCAAUCCAACUGUCUGUUGCGGAGAUACGACUGCCAACGGUAGAACCUGUUGUCAGAUGAGGAGAUCCCUGCCACCUGGGACACUACCGGCGAUACCCAUCACGCAAACAUCUUCAUGGCCAUCACCGAGUACUGGUACAGCUGGUACCACAACGGUGUCGCCAAUGACCGGCGAGGAAGAUACUAUACAGAACAUUGGAAUGUACUCAGUGGGUGCAUCGACAUCGUCGGUGACGAUAGUGACGCCGGUGACAACGACAUCGACGACUAUGUCGUUGACUACUUCCGGCAUCGCUGCCGGAAACAUCAACAUUGCUAGGAGUGUUUCGGCGUCGAGCGCGCCGCGACCAGUCAUCCAAGUCAACAACUCUUCGGUGAGUACCUCGGCAGCGCAACGACCGAGGCCGAAGAGGAAUCAAAGUCGCACCGAGGCCAUCCAGAACUAUAUUAAACGCGAGACAGCGCAGUUUUUCGGAGUUGAUGAGGAAUCGGAAGUCACGGAGAAGCAGAGAUGGUUGAAUCGACGACGACGUAUGGCGUCGAGGAAGUACGGGGCGUUACUACCAGAACACAGACCGCCGGAUCCGGAUAUUACCCGAGAUGUACCGGACACGAGCGAGACACCGGAAGGUGUCACUCUGAGACGAUGGCAGCAACCAGUACGAAGAAAAGAUUCUGUAGCGAGGAUGACACUAUCGGGUCUUCAUUACAUCGUUGAGACGUUGACGAGGCAACGUCCUCGUGAGCAGUCACAAUCACGUCCAGAAUCGCGGAGCUUUCCACCAAACACGAUCGCGUAUUUAUCAAGGGCAGAUCCUGAUAGCGGCCAAGACGAAGAUGAGGCUUUCUUUGAGAGACCUCCACCGCCUCCACCACCCCUUCCACCUCCGACGUCGUCUCAACAGUCGCAAUACAAUUCGUCGCAAAUACAAAUCGAUCAAGUCUCCAGUGGACUGGUCAAAGACGAAGAGGUGGGCAUUAAAAUAGCGGAUAUUCUUGACAACACGCAGGAUCGUGAAGGGAUCAAUUCCGAGGAAUUGGUUGAAUUUGCACAACAAAAGGACGAUAGAACAACAAUCGAUGGACAAGUCAGGCGACCGCGUUCGAUCACGAGGGACCACUAUAUUUCCAGAAAAACGAGUUGGAGUAGAUCGAAGUAUGAUGCGCCUCCGACAGAGGGUACGAGGGUACCGCAAGAGGAGGGGGUGAUUCUUCGCAGCCGUGAGAUAGCCGGAGCCACGAGGAUCUCUCGUAGCACGAUUGAUCGUGUCUUCGACAACAGCAAUCGGCGACGAUACGGGAUGGGCAUUAUCGGUCGUUUCUUUGGGCGAUCUUUUCGGAAAAGUGUUGCGCACAAACCAGAUGUAAAGAAGCAGUUGGACAAUUUCGAAGAUCAUCGACCGUACUUCACGUACUGGAUCACUACUGUGCAAGUAUUGAUUCUGAUAAUAUCGCUGGCAUGUUAUGGAUUUGGUCCUGUCGGGAUGGAUCUCAACCGUCGAUCGGGAUUGGUGAGUAGAAAAGAAAUUAUUAUUCAUUGACUACAAUUAUUCACGAUUAUCUUCUCCUUGAAAACUUUAAAUUAGAAUCUCGAAACUUGUUGAAAAUCAGUUUUGCUGAAAAUAUAUUCAAGCACCUUAU